AUGUUAGGCGACGAGGGAAGUACAAAGAAGUUUUUGAUAGUGACGAUUACGGUGACGGUGACGGGGCACGGUGAACAUAGAGAGAGCGCUCUCGAACAGAGGAGACGAUUUCAAGCUCUUGCGAUGGCGCCAAGCUUCCACACUCGAUGUCUGUACAUGCGACGGGACUGCGAGGUUGAGGUGGCUGCCGUGGUUGGCGUAGCUGCGGGCGGCGAGGCUGGGUCAAUGGGCACUGAACUUGAACCCCAACAACAAUUUGACACAUCCAACAAGUUAAUCAAAUCCUUAAAACAACAUAAUUUCACUCCUGAUUUGGUGAAUGGCGGGAAAGCUUUACCUAAUGAAGAAACUCUACUUUUGGCUUCAUGUAACUAUGAAACUAACACUAAAUGGGGUCAAGAGAUUGGAUUAUUGUAUGGUACUGUAUGUGAAGAUGUUCACACUGGAUUCAUGCUGAAUUGCAAUGGUCGAAAUUCAGUUUUUUGUGAUCCAGCUAAGCCACAGUUCCUUCGAAACAGUACAACUAACCUAAAUGAAUUUCUAAUUCAAGGAACAAGAUGGGGUUCUGGUCUGCUUGACAUUGGUUGAAGCAAGUUCUAGCCUCUUAUAUAUGGAUUUUAAUCAAGAAUGUAAUAAUUGAAUAAAAGUUUUUA